AUAAUGCACACGACGCAGAUAGCGAUUGUGUCGAGCGUUUGUACUCCCUGAUACUACGGUCUUCCGCAGUACAACAGCACAAGACCUAUCAUGCUUAACUUUAGCGCAUUGAACUGUUGGCUGACCCUGCCCGCGACUAACCGCGACCGCGUUAUCAGUGUGCAGGGCGAAUCAUAGUGUUGUGUCUACUGGAGAUCGUUGUAUUACGAUUGAGUGGCAGACACCGACGCUUGCACCACCGUCUCGCCUCGCAGUGUCUUCAGCGUGGGAAAUCGUGACCGGCCUCUCCUUGAGCUGAUAGCGACCGGUACUGUCCAGCGUUGGAACAAAACCUCUGGGAGCCCACCUCCGGGUAUUAAUGUAUUUUGCAUUCCUGCCGAGCGAGAAGUUGGCAGCGUACCAUGAAGGACGAGGUGGAAGCAGCGGUGGCGUUUCUCAUCCGUGUCGUCGGUAAGAACUCCCGGCUUGAGCCCGGCCAGCUGGAUGCCCUGCGAGCGCGUCUCGAAGCCGUCCUCACGGAUCGGUUCCGGGAGCACUGGUUCCCGGAGCGGCCGUCUCGGGGCCAGGCCUACCGGUGCAUCCGAAUCAACGAGGCGAGGGAGCCCGUGCUCGAGCAGGCGUCGCGCCAGUGCGGCCUCAGCUACGAGGAACUGUGCCUUCCGGCGGAACUCACGCUCUGGGUCGACCCGGACGAAGUGUGCUGCAGGUUUGGAGAGCGGCAGAGCUCAUACUGCAUCUUGGCCUCGUUCAAGGGAGGGAAAAAGGAAAACUAUGUGGACCAGAUCAACAUUGAUGACUUGGAGCAGCGGUCUAUGGAGCGAUCAAAGCAGGCCUCCAUGGACAUGAUGAGCGGCAGGAAGCGGGCGGUGGGGUCCCAGCGUGGCUGGGGCAUGAAGUUCCCGUCAUACUCCCCGUGCCUGAGUGGCAGCCCUCCUGGCGUCUUCUCGCAGCCCAAGUUCCUCUCGAGGGGGGGUACCCUGUGGAACCUCUCGGCCGCCCUUCCUCCCGGCCAGAAGCCCGACAAGUACCACUGGGUGAACAAGUCUGUGGUCAAGGCGUAACCCUUGCACAAGCACCUCACCCUUCCCUCUCUUGUGCUGCCCCAUCUUCAACGUAGAAACCAUAGAACGACGAUCAACAAACACCUCAUCCCUCUCUCUUCCUCUCCAUUAGUGGCAAGGUACCAUUCUCAUCACUUACAUUUUAUUUAGAGGGGCCACACCUCCUGCAUGUAGUUCAGUGCAUGUUGCGUGCGGACGUGGGUAUUUUAAAGUAUUUAAUGAAACAAACAUGUUUCUUUUAUGCAUUCUUUGACCCAUAUAUCUUUUGCAAAAGUGUGGUGUAUGCGAGUCCAGUUUUCUGGUCAAACAAGAUCCUCCUCUUUUUCUAUUUUUUUUUUUUUUCAAAUGGGUGCAUUGCACAGUUAACAUGAUGGAUGCAUUCUCACACAACUCUUUACCACACUCGUGUUGGCUCUGGUGCUACAUUUAAAAUCGUAUGUGGGAACAAGUUUAUCAAAAAACAAAUGAAGUGUAAUUCCAUUUUUUUUAGAAAACCACUCCUUGCUUCUCACUGCUCUCUUUUGGGAACAAAAGGUGCUCAUGUAUGCUUUGAAAGAAAAAAAUAUAUGGGUCCACGGCUUUUAUUUUACAAGCAUUGGCGAAUAUUUACAUUGUGUAAAAAAAUUUUAGUUUGUGGUCCAAUUCCAAGUUUUAUUUCUGCCUUAGUGGGAGGGAGCUGUACUUUGGAGGACCACUUUGAAGCUUUUACUAGUUUCUUUCUGGAUGAUAUUUUACACAAAACAGUACCAAAGUCUUGUGAAUUUUGUGGGUGUGCCCCACUUCAUUCUGCUUAAAGAUUAUUCGUUGCAAGUGGUGUUUUAUGUGAUUUUUCAAUGUUUGUCUCUAAAUUGCAGAUCAUUACUAAGGGAAAAGUUCAGAAAUCUGCAGCUAUAAUGUAGUGGUCUUCUAAGAAAAGUUUAGUGUCCUUGAAGUUUGCUGGUUAUUUACUGUGCUAAUCUCCGUUUCUCAAAUGUUUAGGGAGUUAGAAGCAUACAUACAGGACUCGCAAACUGCCACAAUGGCUUGUUUUAAACUACCCUCGAGGUUUCUGUUUUCCAUGGUCCUGACAUUCAACCUAAUACAGAGCACAAGUGACCUGAUCAAUUCUGUUGACUCACUGAAUGCAGUCCCUCAUAUACAAGACUUGUAUGCUUUUUGCACCAAGUCGUCUCAGGCACAGGAUAGUGGUGAAUAUACAAAGACUCCACGAGCCUACAUUUUGCAAAUAUCAAUCAAUGUUAAAUGAAGGCAUGCCAAAUAAAUCCCAAAGUGUGUCUAGGAAUUAGGCUGAAGGUGAAUGAGAAAGUAGAGACACUUGGAAAUGAGUGCGGAGACGAUAGAUGCACAGUUGCUUGCAUGACACCUCUUGUAUCGUAGAUGCAAUUGAGGGAAUUAUUUUACUAUAGUUCCCUCGAAAUUUCUUAUCUGUCUUAUUUGUGGUUAUAUUUCCCUGUUUCUCUCAACUGCCGAAGCUAAAGCCUCGGUUGGGCGAUGGUUGUUGUGCUGGGCCAAUCGACUUGUUAUGAACCUACCUUGCAAAUUCAUAGCUUUUGUUUUCAAAAGAACAACAAGCUACAUUUCAGUUUUUUCGCUAGUCAUCUUUAUGCAUCUUGAACCAACCUUUGUAGUUGCAUGAGUUUUCUAGUGCAAAACAAGUACUUUUCGUGCUAAAAAAGGUAGUAGCAUCAAUUCUUAAAAGUUAUACGUAUCACUUUUUCUACAGAAUUCUACUGCAUCUAAACAAUGUCCAAAACAAAUGAGGAGAAAGUUUACAACUCAGCAUAAACUGGCCUCUUCAUAUUUGUUAAUCUCCACCUUGGUAAAUUAUCAGUCUAGUAGACAAAUAUAAUGCACUGAUCUUCUCAAAGAUGGCCAUUUGCUCUUAGUAAAAUGAACCUGGUGUAAAAUUCCCUUGGAGUUGCACAAAAAGUAGUAUUUUUAUGGUGAAAAGUGUCUCAUGCUAAAGAGGUGCUCGAGUUGUCACCUUUUGAGGUUGCCAUCUGGUGAGACAAAUGCCCAUGAAAACUGAAAUAUGAUGCAUUUGGUAGUGCCUCCGAUGUAGUAAUCAGGGCAUCACCAGUUCGGUAGAGCCUAGCAGGCCUUUACACCAUCCAAAAACUCCAGAAGUUCAAACAAUAGCAUGACCUGUCUGAUCACCAACUGUGUUUACAUUCAGUGUACCAGUGAAGCAUUCAUACGAAGGGUAUGUUCUAAAUCAUACUAGAAGGCUUCUUGUGCCACCAGUGUUGCAUUCAUGUAUAUUUAAUUGCCAUGCCAAAUAACAUAUGCUCGCCCUCUGUUUUAAUUAAUGCCUUUCAAUUUCUUGGUGAUGUAUUGACUAGUAUUCUGUGAUGUACCAAUGUCUACUUACUUUUGUUUUCAUUAGUAAUAAAAAUCUUGUUAAGCCUUU